UGUACGGAUAGUCUGCGCUAACAUGGCUGAUGAAACGGCAAAGGCGCAGACUGCCCAGUCGGGUGGAGACACAAUAUUUGGAAAGAUUAUACGCAAAGAGAUUCCUGCAAAUUUUAUUUAUGAGGAUGAUCUGUGUGUAGCCUUCCCUGAUAUUUCCCCUCAAGCUCCCACUCACAUUCUCAUUGUCCCAAAAAAGCCAAUUGUUAAGAUGUCACAAGUCGAGGACAGUGAUACUGCUUUGUUGGGCCACUUGAUGAUGGUUGCAAAGAAGUGUGCUCAACAGGCAGGCCUUUCUAAAGGCUACAGGAUUGUCCUCAAUGAUGGGCCACAUGGAGGUCAGUCUGUCUACCACCUCCAUAUCCACGUCCUGGGUGGGCGCCAGUUGGACUGGCCCCCUGGCUAACCUCUGUCUUCUUGCAUAGAACACCCUGUGGUCGCAUCUGUUGUCUGACCACCAGCACUGUCAAAUAUAGACAAAGCCAAUGAAGAUAUAACCUGGAAAUUCAUCAAUGUCAAUAAAAUGCAUUUCACAACAAUG